AUGAGGCAAGUAAGUAAUAAACAUAUAGUGAUUUUCCUAGAUUAUGAUGGGACUCUCUCUCCUAUUGUUGAUGACCCUGACCGUGCUUUUAUGUCCAAUGAGAUAUGUUCUGUUGUUAGUAAUGUUGCAAAAUAUUUCAAAACAACAAUCAUUAAUGGAAAAAGCCGUGAUAACGUAUAUGAGCUGGUAGAUCUUCCUGAACUCUAUUAUGAUGGUAACCGCAGUAUGAACAUCAUUUCGCCAGUCAAAAAUACAUUGACUACUAAUGAUGCAAAUUGUGUUAAUGAAGUUUCUAGAAAAAUCAAAGUUGUUGAUACCAGAGAUAAUUGGAGUGUUGACAGAGACAACUUCUUUGCUUGGGAAGAUGAAAAGUAUUUGAAAAUAACGAAUCUUAAUGAAGCACAGGCUACAAAAGGUGUUCCUGUUUUGCCCGAUGAUCACGCUGAUGUUGUUGAUCAACAUCUAAAGCAUAUUAAGAAUAAAUCAGGUGAAGAUGAUAGUGAUGAAGAGAAAGAUAAAUAA